AUGCUGUCACCCCAAACAUAUGAUUUUCAGCUUAAAGAAGUUGUGUUAAUGCGACGUAUAGGAGUUGACGUUUUUGUUGAUUAUUCGCAUUACAAAGACAUUAAGGAAAAGGAACAGAAAUUAAUAUAUGUAAGUAAAGGUGUCGAUAAAAACUGGAGUGCAGGAAGAGCUAUAACUGGGAUCGUUCACUGUGAGCAGGAUCCAGAAUUAUUUGCCGUUUCGUAUGAUCGGAUUCCUGGUUCAGUUGUUCAUUCGGGCGGUAUAGCGCAGGUCUGGAGUUGUCAUGAAAAGAAACUAAAUUCGCCAAUUUCAUGCGUUGCGUUCGUUAAAAAUCGCCCAGAAUUGCUGCUGGGAGGUUGUUUUUCGGGGCAAUUAUGUAUCUGGGACAGUAGAACCGGCAUAAGAGCUCCCGCUGUUGAGAGCACUGUGAUACAAGCAAAUCGAUAUCCAGUUCUGAGCAUGGCCAAUGUGGACGCCGGGCAUAUUGGCAAUUUAAUUAGCAUAUCAGCAAAUGGCCGACUUUGUUUGUGGGACAAUGAAAAAAUCAGUCAACCUAUCACUGUAGCCGAAUUACUGUGGAAUGGAAACAAGGCCUCAUUUUCUUUUCUCACUCAUUGUAUCGGUGUGGCGUGCACAUGCAUGUCCAUGAUGGAUGGAGAUGUAAAGAAUUUCAUGUUAGGUGAUGAUAAAGGAAAUAUUUAUAGGACGGGUGUACAGUUCUUUAAAAAUGGAAUAAUUAGAGGCAUUUAUAAAAGUAAGCCAGUCUUAGUUUUAGAACAGCUGAAAUACACUGUUAAUACCUGGGAACUAAUUUUGUUUCCAGGUCAUUGUUGGCCCGUAACGGGAGUUGAUAUGCAUAGAGCUGCCGGGACCACUGACUUGUCGCAUUUAUUUUUGUCCUGUUCCUUGGACUGGAACAUCAAUCUGUGGAGCAUACAGGUGGUGCUGUUGAUACUUAAUCUUUUUUAA